CGGCGGCGGCGGUAGCGCUUCCGGGUGGCGGCGAGGUGACCGGCGGCCAUGGGGGCGCACCUGGCCCGGCGCUACUUCGGCGACGAGUCGGUGGAGCCCGACCCGCUGCGGAUGCCCUCCUUCCCGCCCGAGUACGGCUUCCAGGGCCGCCGCGAGCGCGAGAUGGUGGCCACGGCGCGGCAGAUGAGCGAGGCGCAGCUGCCCCUGGCCCAGCGCGACUACUGCGCGCACCACCUGCUGCGGCUGCUCAAGUGCAAGCGGGACGCCUUCCCCGACAUCCUGCGCUGCCGCCCAGAGCGCCACGCCUGGGAGCUGUGCGAGCACCGCGACUACGUGAUGCGCAUGAAGGAGUUCGAGCGCGAGCGGCGGCUGCUGCGGCGCCGGCAGCGGAAGGAGCAGCGCGAGGCCAGCGCGGCCUGACCGCCAGCGCGACCCCCAGUAAAGCCGGGCCUGCCCGUG